AAAAUAGAUUUAUAACGAUCAAUUAGUCGAAUAACUGACAAUAACUAUCACGAUCGAUCUAACGAGACUACAACUGGCUAAAGCUCAUCACAUAUACUGAUUUUAAUAUAUGUCACCAAUACUGACACGAAUCUCUGGUGUUAUGUUUAUGUGUAGUACAAUCGUGUCGACAUAAAUUGUUUGUAACAAACAUUCCGCGAAUUAAGUAAUUCAAACAAUUAAAAAUAUAAAGCUUUUUGAGAAUUAAGUUUCUCGCAGAGAAACCGAAUAACAAUGAUAAAUAUUUAAUUAUAAUGUUAAAGAUAAUAUAAGAAAAUUUUAUGUUCUACUGCAACUUAUGAAUUUCAAAUAGACCUAUACAAUUUUAAUAAAAAUUUAAUACAUAUACAUGAAGCACAAUAAAGAAAACAUAAAUUUUAUUUUAAGAGAAUGUUGAAAUAUCUAAAAAAUUUUUAAAAAUCAAAAUCGACGGAGGUCGAUAUAACAGAUUUGUAACUCCAAGCGCGCUACGCGCUCGUAAAGCGUAUGUACUAUGUAGCGAAUCUCCUUAGAUCCAUGUGAUAAUGCAAGAGGUCGACAUAUUGUUACGUUCUUCACCGACGAGAUACGAUUACCGUGAGUGUAUGUGUGCCGUAAAAUUUAUUAACAUUUAUUAAUAUCUUCUAUUCAUAAAAAUUAAACAUUCCUCAAAGUAUCAGAACUGAAGUUCCAUAGAAAUUACAAAGAGAAGUAAUACGAUGAAUGCUACAGAGAUUUCUCAUGAAGUACACUUCUCUUGUCGGACGUGCAAAGUAAAGUUUAAUGAUUUGACAUUAUUUAAAAGUCAUUAUCGUUCCGAAUGGCAUAGCUACAAUCUACAUGCCUCAGUGAAUAGAUUGCUUCCAAUUACACUUGAAGACUUCCAGGCGAAGGAAGCGAUUUAUCGCAAGAGUAGUGCAGAUCAAGUUAAAAGAAAAAAGCAGAUAUGUGAAAUCUGCCGAAAGAAUUUCAAUGGGAUGAAACAGUACGAAAAUCACCUGAUCUCGAAAACUCACAAAAAAAAUUUGCAGCAAAAUGAUAAUAUCGUAACUCGCACAAAAAAAUUGCCAGAUAGAUUUAACUGUCGAAGAAACGACCAGGUAGAGAACAUGUCUGUUGAGAAUGGAGAGGAAAUGGAAAUAUGUUCAGAUGUAGAAUCCUUGGAUUCGGACGAGUGGCUCGAGGACUCAAAGUAUCGUAUUGAUAAUAAUUGCUUAUUUUGUAAUUAUCAAAAUGAAUCCAUAGAAGGCUGCAUGAAACACAUGAAGCAGAAGCAUUCAUUUUUUGUACCUGACCUUGAGUACUGUGUGGAUCUAAGUGGACUAUUAGAGUACUUGGAACAGAAGAUAUGUGCCGAUUUCAAGUGUAUUUGGUGCAACGACUCAGGAAGAAAAAUGCGAAGUGCACAGGCUGUGAAAAUGCAUAUGGUCGACAAGGGCCAUUGUAAGAUGUUGUUCGAAGGAGAUACGAUGCUCGAAUAUUCAUCUUUUUACGAUUAUUCAUCCAGUUAUCCGAAUGUCGAGAAUGCUAAUCCGGAUGAAGAAUUGCCAGAAUUACCCAAUGUUUUAGAUGACGAAGGUUACGUAAUGAAAUUACCGUCCGGCAAGUCGAUCGUCCAUCGUUCCUUGGCGCUUUACUAUAAACAGAAUUUACCUACGGGAACCACAGUGACAAUAAAGAACUUUAAUCAUUGGUUGCACAAGCGAAUGUUUAAGAGUAUAUCGUUUGGUACUGCUGAAAGAAAACUUGAAGCCGCCCGGAUGACAACACGAGACGUUCAAACCUUCCAGCGAGUCCAAGCAAAGCAGUCAGUGCAAUUGCAAAUCAAACAAAACAAACUGCAGAAUUAUAUGAGACGGCAAACUGGUUUUUAACUAUAAUGACUAUUAUUAAUGUCUAUAGUUAAUGAAUUGUACUCCUUUUAUGUCUAAUUUUUAGAGAAAAGAUUAUAAAAAAUAUAAUUCCGUAAUACGAAAUUGAUUAUUAUCGCACUAUUAUAUUUUGUCAUAUUUUUUAUAGAUACAACAAAAAGCACAUAAAUGCAUAAAUAGAUUGCAUAACGAUACGAUUACACAACCAAAAUGUUUGCUGGGAACUUUUUUUUUUCUAGUAUUUAAUAACUUUGUCUGUUAAUGGAAACUAUUUAUUUUUUAGUGAUUUUUGAUCAUAAUUGACCUAAUGUAUAAAUUUGAACAGAACAGCAGAGUUAAUUCUAGCUUUGUUAAUUCAGGUUCAAAUUCAAGUGCCCCAUAAUUCCAUGUCGUUUCAAUUGCUACGAAAUCGAAAUUUAUUACUUUUUUUUAAAGAAUAUACAUUAUCACGCAAUACAAAUCAUUAUAAAUCGUUUUAUAAUUCGCAUUUAACGGACGUUCUUACAAAAUAACUCGUCUAUACUUUAUAUAUACUUUUUUGUAACACGUUUUACCGACAAAAAUAUCCUAUUUUCAUCUCAAAUAACUUUUUUUAUGUGGACCCGUUUGUUAUAUCCAGAGCAACACCCCUGUAUCGUGACCGAGGUCGCUACUUUCGUUAGAACGAUAAAUAUACAUAUAAGUUAGAA